GCGCCCGGAGUAAAGAUGGCGGCGGCGCCUUCUUCCGCUUCUGCGGUGCCGGCGGCUGUCCCGCCCUCAGUAACAAUGGCGGCUUCCUGCGCGGUGUGGCUGGAGGAUCAGGUGGAGCUGGUGUCCUGCCCCUACGACGCCCAUCACCGUAUGCCGCGGGCGUCGUUGGAGAGGCAUGCAGCAUCCUGCCGCCUCCGUAAGAUGGGCUACUCCGCCGAGGAGCAGGCCGAAAUGUAUGACUCCCGUUUCUUCUAUGAGAACCUGAAGGUGCCCUCCGUUGCAAUGGAUAAAGAUCUACAGUUUCACGUAGUUCAGCAAGCUAGAGCUCAGAGUGCCAAAGAAGGCAUAGGCUACACUGAAGGAUCUUAUUCAUCACUGCCUGUAGAAGUUCCCCAAAAUCACAAGCGUUUCACCUGUGACCUGACUCAAGCUGACCGUCUUGCUCUUUAUGACUAUGUUGUUGAGGAAACAAAGAAACAGAGGUCUAGGUCACAAAUCACAGAAAAUGACAGUGACCUCUUUGUGGACUUAGCAGCCAAGAUUACUCAAGAUGACAGUCAGAAAGGUCCAAAGUCCCAUCUUGAAAUUCUUGCUGAAAUGCGAGACUACAAAAGGCGACGGCAGUCAUACAGGGCUAAGAAUGUUCAUAUAACAAAGAAGUCUUAUACUGAGGUGAUUCGGGAUGUGAUUGGUGUACAUAUGGAGGAACUCAGCAACCACUGGCAGGAAGAGAAUAGGUUGGAUAAUGCAGAGAUGUGUGAAGGGGGAAAGUCAAAAUCUUCAGGAAGAAAGGAAGACAGGAGGUCAGCUUCGGUGGACUCGAGGCAGUCUGGAGGAAGCUCAAAGGACACUGAACGCACCAGACAUAGGCGAGAGAGCAGCAGGAGUCCAAGUAAAAGAAAAAGGAGUCGUGACAGAGGGAAAGACAGAGAUUCUCGGAGGAAAAGAGAAAGGGAAGACGACAAGUAUCACACCCAUAAAAGAAGAAAGUAGAAACAAGAACAUAAUGAGUUUUUGUUCAAAGAGUUACUUGCACAGGAUGUAUUGUUAUUGCUGUUAUGACAGAGACUGUAAUACUGCAAACAUAAUGCUGGCGUUGCCUCACAGCUGUGUUCAGAGAGAAAAUCAGAUAAUGUUCAGCGGUUGGCAGGAUGGAAGCAGUGUACGUCAUAAAAUGUACAAAUGUGUAAGACUAAUGUAUCUAUUAAUAAAUUAUAGUGAUU